AUGGAAGCCAGCCUUUUUGUUGUACAACAAUUAGGUAAAAAUGAAUAUUUUGCUUGUCAACUUCGAAAGUGGACUCAUAUGUUAGCACAAAAUCAAGAAAUUCCUAUUUCAAUGUGUGGGAAACAUAUUAAAGUUAAAAGUCUUCUUGAUGAUGAAGACAUACGUCAUGAAAUU